UUAAUGAGCUGGUCCAAACAAUUGGCUUUGCCAUACAAGCCUCCAGAGUAAAGGCUGUUUUUCUAUGUGUUUAUUAUGAUAUUCUGGCCAUUGAAAACUAGAGUGUGCAUGCGUUCUUUCCUAUAUGCACCCUAGUUCUCUGUAUGCAAACUAGAUGGCACUUUGGAUUAAAGCAGGCUGGAAUUUAGUUGUUUGUAUAAUCAAGUAACUUUUGAAUGAAGAGCUUCUUUAUAUCUUUCAUCUUUUGUAAGAAAGAAAACUGGAAAUGGCUGGGAGUGAGGAUUAUUCUUGCAGCUGAGACAGAAGGAUGGGUGCACAAGGUCAUUCGGUCCAUGGACUUGUCCUGCAGAUGCUUACAGUGAGCGAAUGCCAACAUGGCCAGUACCAAUAACUGAAUCUUCUAGAUGGCUUUUGAUGUGAUAAGCUAUAGCUUGUCCAAUUGCAGUAUGCUUGGGAACCAUGGUUUGAAGAAGAACAGCUGCUGGAAGAAAAGCUUGAUGUCUGUGCCAAGGGAGACGUACACCGCACUUGCGCUGCCUGGACGAUGUGGAAACUGGAAAUUGUGGGGUGUGCUGAAGCAUGCCCUCUCAGCUUUCGCUCGUGGAAGAACAGAGCAAAGUGACAAGGAACGGCUGCGGGUUCAAGACACUUGUCUACCUUGUUCUGAUCUCCUGCCAGCUUGUCGUGCCUGCUGUGAUGGGCGUCGCGUGCAGUGAGAUCAGCUGUGGGCCUGACAUGGCACGUGUGGAGACUGAGAACAACGGGAAGCCCCUGCUGGUCCGUGAGGAGUCAUCUCUUAAUAUUCCAGCUAUUGGUGCUGCCCAUGUUCUCAAGAGAUACGUUGCCCAGGCACCGGAUGAACUCUCCUUGGAGGUGGGAGACCUCGUGUGCGUCAUCGAGAUGCCGCCUCAGGAGCUGAGCCCCCGCUGGAGAGGCAAGCACGGCUUUCAGGUUGGAUUUUUCCCUGGUGAGUGUGUGGAGCUCAUUAACGGAAAAAUCCCGGAGUCUCUCAUCAAUUCAGUGCCAAAGCCAGUGCCAAAGAAGCGCGGCAAGCUCCUCACCUUCCUUCGUUCCGUGGUGAAGGCCCGCCCAAAGCAACGGAAAGAGCGGGAGGUGGAGAAGGAGAGGGUGUUUGGCCGUGACCUGGGAGAGCAUCUUCUCCACUCUGGUCGUGAUGUCCCCCAGGUCCUCCAGAGCUGCGCCGAGUUCAUCGAGCAGCAUGGCGUGGUGCAGGGGAUAUACCGCCUGUCCGGCGUGGCGUCCAACGUCCAGAGACUGCGCCAGGAAUUUGAGUCUGAGCAGGUUCCUGAGCUAACCGUCCGCGACGUUCACAGCGCGAGCUCCCUCUGCAAAAUGUACUUCAGGGAGCUCCCGACCCCCCUGCUGACCGACCAGCUGUACGACAAGUUCUCGGAUGCUGUUGGUGCCACUACAGAGGAGGAGCGGCUGGUCAGAAUGCGGGACGUCAUCCAGCAGCUGCCCGCUCCUCACUACAGGACCCUGGUGUUCCUGAUGAGACACUUGGCCUGUCUUGCUGCAAAGAACUCUGUCACCAACAUGCACGCUAAGAACUUAGCCAUUGUGUGGGCUCCAAACCUCCUAAGAUCACAGCAGAGCGAGUCUGCCUGCGCCAGCGGGAGAGCUGCCUGCAUGGAACUGCAGACGCAGUCGGCUGUGGUGGAAUUCAUCAUCAACCACACAGACGUCCUCUUCUGCUCCACAUCCGGAUCGGACAUUGCAGAUGGAGCAGGGCACAGUUCUCUCUCAGGGCCCCAGUCUGUGCGGGCGUCUUCUGCUGCCACAGAGCUGCUCAGCCUGGAGGAGGCGCAGGCACGGAGGCGAGGCCACAGCAGCUCUCCUGUCGUUGUGACAGAGAGCAGGGACAUAGGGGUGGAAGAAGGCCCCACAGCUGUACGGGGGAAAUUCCACACAGUCAUCGACUUUCCACCUGAAAGGUAAAGAGGACUUUGUUUUCCAGCAGCUAUCAUCACUG